AUGCAGGGCAAGGAGAGCCCCGUCGGGUCCAACACCCAGGAGACCCAUCAAUAUGUUGGUCCUUAUCGACUGGAAAAGACCUUGGGAAAAGGGCAGACCGGAUUGGUCAAGCUUGGGGUCCACUGUGUGUUGGGCAAGAAGGUGGCGAUCAAGAUCAUUAAUCGAGAAAAAUUGUCGGAAUCCGUGCUGAUGAAAGUGGAACGAGAGAUCGCCAUUAUGAAACUGAUCGACCAUCCUCAUGUACUCGGCCUCUCGGAUGUAUAUGAGAACAAGAAAUAUCUAUAUCUUGUUCUGGAACAUGUUUCGGGCGGAGAACUUUUCGACUAUUUAGUGAAAAAGGGUAGACUAACGCCAAAGGAAGCGAGGAGAUUUUUUCGACAAAUUAUCUCUGCGUUAGAUUUUUGUCAUAGUCAUAGUAUAUGUCACAGAGACUUGAAGCCUGAAAAUUUGUUGUUGGACGAGAAGAAUAACAUUAAGAUAGCGGAUUUUGGAAUGGCGUCGCUGCAACCUGCCGGAUCCAUGUUAGAAACUAGCUGUGGUUCCCCUCAUUACGCUUGCCCUGAAGUUAUUCGAGGUGAGAAAUACGAUGGGAGGAAGGCGGACGUCUGGUCGUGUGGAGUGAUACUUUACGCGCUUUUGGUAGGCGCGUUGCCCUUCGACGACGACAAUUUAAGAAAAUUAUUAGAGAAAGUGAAACGAGGCGUGUUUUACAUACCCCACUUUGUGCCGCCCGAGUGUCAAAAUCUGCUCAAAGGGAUGAUCGAAGUCGACCCGGACAAGAGACUCACGCUGGCGGAGAUAAACAGGCACGUGUGGGUGACGGCGGCAGGCAAGGGGGAAUUAGAAUUAGAGCUGUCGAUGAUGGACGUAGUGCAGACGCACGUUAUUCCGUCCGUGGAGGCAAUCGAUCCGGACGUGUUGCAAGCAAUCGCGAGCCUGGGUUGCUUCAAGGAACGGGACAAACUCAUCCAAGAACUUCUCAGCCCGAAUCACAACACGGAAAAGGUGAUAUACUUUCUACUAUUGGAGAGAAAACGGAGAAGACCAGCUUGCGAGGACGAAUUGGAAGUAAUGAGAGGAGGUAUGAGGGGUUCUGCAGGACAAUUAGAAGCGGAUCCACCAAGAAAACGAGUGGACACCUGUCGUGUGAACGGUAGCACGGCUCUGAAUCUUGGUGAAAUUAGCCACGGUUCGCCUCUAACACCCAGAAGACAGUCGAGUACCAGGCAUCACACGCGUCGUUCACCAAGUACCGGAUGUCACACACACGCGUCGCACUCCCACGCAUCGACGCCAGGUAGCUCGCCAUUGCAUGGCUCGAAUGCUGUCGCAGGACUGCUCAGUCCUCACAGAACUCCUCCAACCUCGCAUCUAGGCCAGACAGGAAGCCCUCACAGGCUGUCAACAGUGACAACUGCCGCGGGCAACGGAAACACUACCACGCCGCCAGUCGUCGCUCCUAUCGCUGCUCUACCCAAUGUGGGAAUAGAUAACGAUGUCCAGCAGGUAGUUGCGGUCGGUGUUACACCGCCAGGCUCUCCCCACACUGGCGCCGGUUCAGGUGCCCAUCAUUGGCGAUCAAGGCUCAACACUAUCAAGAACUCCUUCCUUGGUAGUCCUCGAUUUCAUCGGCGCAAAUUGCUCACAAGUGCCGAGGAGGUACAUCUCACUCCGGAUUCCUCUCCAGAACUUACAAAAAAAUCAUGGUUUGGUAGUCUAAUGACCACGGAGAAAGAUGAAACAUUCACCAUUCUCGUAAAAGGAAAGGUGUUAGCAAGCGUCAAAGCCGACUUGAUACAUGCUUUUUUAUCGAUAGCAGAGUUGUCUCACAGUGUAAGCUCACCCAUGUCCUUCAAAGUGGAAUAUAAAAGGGGUAGUACAGCGCCUGCCAUGUUUCAAAGGCAAGUCCGUUUUCAAGUAGACAUCAGCGCCAUAUCGAAACAGCCAAGUGAACCAUUGUUUGCCAUUACUUUUACUCUCUUAAGCGGAAACAUUCGAAGAUUUCGAAGGGUUUGCGAACACAUUCAGGCACAAGUCUGCUCAAGGAAUGUAGGAAUCAAUUUGGGAGGACAGAGUCGAGCAGCGCCACCUAGUCCACGAGCAUCACGAAAAUUUACCACGGAGAUGAGUGAAAGUUCCAGCUGUGGAAGCGACACUAGCGAACGGUUAUUUCUCAGCCCGCAUCCAGCUACCAGACAGGUAGUCUGUUUCAACAAGUUACCAAAGAUCGACUCGGACAUCGAGUCGGAUACAUCCGUAUUCGACGUAAAAUCACCGACCCGUGAAAAUGGCCGCAGAAGUUCGACCUCGACGAAUAAUAACAAUCCGUUGCCGGGUGAUACAACGCCUACACCGGGAAGUCCGACAAAAGCGGUGCGCAGCAAUUCAGAGAGUCAAAACACGCCGGAGAAAAAAUGCGUAACCACGAUGAGCGGCAACAACAUAGCGUGAUACUAUCAGAAUUUCCGUUUCGAGUUUCGAUCAAGUCUGAAGAACUUGUGGGACAGCGCCCAGAGAUUCUGGUGAAUCCCUCAUCCGAUCGAGAAAUGAUCCGAGGAACUAACCAGCAACGAACCUUGAAAUGAUGCCUCGACUGAGGAUAAACUUCAAUGAGGCAUUAAGCUAUCGAUCCGAAUAACAAUAAAGAAAAAACACUUAAUGCGAUGGCACAGGAGUUUGAAAAGAUAUCAUUUCAAAAAAGUCAUAAAAAUACUUUGACUUUUUUUUUGUCGCGAAUCAACGAACGUCAAUCAAAGCGACCGAGAGAGAAUUUUAAAAGAGAGAACCAGUGAUAAACGUUCCUACGAACGAGAAUAUUCAUUUAAAGAAAGAGCAAAGUCCAGAUCGGAGGAAAUUCAUUGAGGAAGCACAAAAUGCAAUUCAA